UGUGUACAUCUAGAUGUCAGUGCAGCAGAUGCUGGCUGGUGUUGGAGAAAUGGGGCGUAAUGUCAGAGUGAGCACCAGCACAGGAAGCAGUGGCUCUGUGGAUGUCCAUAUCAACGUGGACCAAUCAGUGCAGAGCGAGCCCAGGAUGAGGCUCCAGCUGGCUGAAAGCUUGCUGCGAGAGACACAGGCUUUAAUCCACAGACUUGAGGGUCAGUCAAGUGAACCGUCAUCUCAGCAAGAGACACCACAUCCUCAGCCAUCAUCAUCCUCAUUCUUAGCACAGCCAAUGGACAGCUCCCCACCUCCACCUUCCUCCUCAUCCUCAGCUUCACAGACAGAAGGAGCAACUCACUCUGGACCCAAUCACCCCAGCCCUUUAGAGUUGGUGGAGGUUCUGUCAGAGGUGCGAAGGGUGGAGGAGCGCCUCCGUCCAUUCAUGGAGAGAACACAUUCCAUCCUUGGAGCGGCCAGUUCCGCUGACUACAAUAACAAUACUCAAGAGCGAGAGGAGGAUCAGCGCACUCUCAAUUUGAUUGGAGAGUCACUCCAUCUCCUUGGCAACACAUUGGUGGCUCUGAGUGACCUCCGAUGCAAUUUAUCAGCUCAGCCACCCCGCCACUUACAUGUGGCGCGGCCCAUGUCUCACUACACCUCCCCUGUUGUGCUGCAGAGUGGACCGCCCCAUAUUCCCAUUCCAAUGAACCUGGGCUCCACUAUGACCAUGACGGCAAACAGCAGACAGACAAGCGAGGGUCAGGCCCAAACCUCACAGCCCAGCAACCAAUCAGAGCCUCAGGGUCAGGCACCACCUCCUCCACUGAAUGGAGCCAGUCAACAGACGGGUCAUGGUCAGGGGACGCCAAGAGUGAUCAGAAUCACUCACCAGACCAUGGAGCCAGUGGUCAUGAUGCAGAUGAACCUGGAUGCAGAUUCAGACAGUGGAGUGCAGGGCCAAAGGCAACAGAACCCCAGAGCUGCUGGAGAGACUGGCACCACAGCACCCAUCCAUGUACCAGGACUGCCACCGGAGUUCAUGCAGGCCAUCAUUCAUCAGAUCUCCCAGCAGGCUGUGGCCAUGGCAACCGCAGCCUCUGCUGGGCAGCAGCAGGGCACUGCAGGCACAGGUGCCCAGAGUGCAGACAGCCCGGCUCCUCCGCCACCUCAGGCCAGGGUGGUCAUCACACGGCCCACCUUAUCUCCACGCAUCCCCCAACCAAUGAGCACCAGAGGGACCACCAUCAACCUGCGGGCAACAGUGCCCCCACCAGCAGGACAACAGACUAACCAAGGCAACCCUAUGACGUCCUCUCCUCUCACACAGAUGGUCAGUGGUUUGGUAGGGCAACUUUUGAUGCCAUUGCACACAGGCGACCAGACGUCCACUACCUCAUCGUCCCAUUCCUUCUCUUUCUCUACCUCCACAGCUACCCCUUCCUCCUCCUCUAUCUCCUCCUCCACUGCUCCUCCAUCCUCUACCAACACAUCCGGUCAGACGUCCACCCACACCACCAGUACAGCGUCCAUGGGUCAGUCCCAGGAAGGCGGCCCAGGAGAUAACCUAGCUCAGCUGCUGGGCUCACUUUUGGGAGGAGUUGCGGGAGCUGGUGGAGGGGUGUCUGGAGGUCCUCCCUCCAUUACAGUGACUGUUCCAGGUGUCCCUGCAUUUAUCCAGGGCCUGUCUGAGUUCAUUCCGUCUGGCCAGCCUGUGUUUUCUCCACCAAACCAGCAGCCUCCACCCUCACAAGCCACGCCUUCUGCCCCUUCAGGAGCUGCCCACACUACCGCCCCUCAGCCUCCCAGUGGAGGUGGAGAGACCCUCAGCCCUGAGCUUUUCACAGGCAUCGUGCAGGGCGUCCUGUCCACAAUGAUGGGUUCUCUGGGUGCUGGUCAAGGCAACACUGAGAGCAUCACCCAGUUUAUUCAGAGACUUUCCCAGACCAGCAACCUCUUCACUCCUGGAACUGGAGAUGCAGUGGGGUUCUUUGGAGAUCUGCUGUCUCUGGUGUGUCAGAGUUUCUCAAUGGUAGACAUGGUUCUGCUGCUACAUGGUAAUCCUCAGCCUCUGAGCCGCAUUCAGCCCCAGCUCAUGGCCUUCUUCACUGAGCACUAUCUACAAGGCCGAGAGCCCACCGAUGCCAACAUAGCUGUGAGUCUGAGCUCACACUGCUUUAUGGAAGAGGGUCUGUCUCCUGCUCCUUCCACCACUGCAGAGGAAGUCAUGGCAUCCUCAGGAGACACUGCUGAUGGUGAUGAACCACCUGGCAGGCCAUUGUUAGAGGAGACACGAGGAGCAGUAGCCAUGGCACCAGUAGACAGGGAGGAGUCAACUGGAGAGGCGGAGCCAUGGGCAGCAACUCUUCCUCCUGAGUGGGUACCCAUCAUAAGACAUGACAUGUUGACCCAGAGGAAGAUGAAAGCACAGCCGCCUCUGUCUGAUGCUUAUCUGCAUGGGAUGCCAGCUAAGAGGAGGAAGAUCACACAGGGGGAGGGUCCUCAUCCCUCUCUCGCUGAGGCUGUGAGUCGAGCUGCCAGAACAGCAGGGGUGAGACCUGUUACUGCCCCAGAUAACCUACAGGGGGAGCUGGAGGCACCAGAGCUGCAGGAAGUUUAUACACAACAGGUUCUGAUUGUGGAGUGA